AUGAUUUUAAUAAUUAGUUUUUUGCAUUUGUGACAAGUUUACAGACAUGAUCGGUCAUACUUCUCAAAUACAGAAAAGGACCACAAUGUCAUGCAUGCAUAUAUUUUUUCUAAAUCGAAACUAGCUCUCAAAAUCUGAGAAAUGUUGCCUUCUCCCUACAGUUUUCAGCAGUUAGCUUUGCCCACGACUGGCUCAUGUGAACUACAAUGCUGUGUUUUAACGUUUAGAAACGUUAAUUAUCAUCGCUUUCGAAACAUUUGGACCUUGUCUUUCAUCAGCAAGAAAGAAUCCUUCAAAUAAAAAAGAUACACAUACUGUAGCAGUUUUUCACAGAUAGAUACAGCUAUGGGUGCCUCCGUCUGACGAAACUACACUGCUGAGUUACACAAGUUUUCGGGGGACACCAACUUAGAUAGCUAAUUAGCACAGGUGGUCGCCUCUGGUCUAGUCUAUUUUCCUUAAACAAGUCCUGUAACAUGGAGAUAUGGCCGUUUGGGAACACAACCCCUUUUCUUCUUGAUAUGAAAGAUAAGGUCCUUAUGAUUCAAAAACGGUUCUGCAAUCGUCGCGUGUUAAUGUAAAGAUUUGAGCGUCGGGGUCUUGACAAAAUCCCCCGUACAGAAGUAGCCUUUGUCCAAUGACUCUUAUGUGUAAUGGAACUGAGUCGUUAUCAAGGGCUAGAUAGAAACAGGCUGACUAUUUGUAGAAUCAAUAUUACUGCUAUGUAAUCACUGAGGUUCAUCUAGAUUUUUUUUUCAAGAAAUUGAGCAUACAGUCACAGAUGGAGAUAGGAAAGCUUUUUUCUUAGAGACUGAUUAAUCGAUAAGAAUAUUUGAUGCAAUUUGUGUGGCACUGUGAUACAUGUGCCACCUGCUGACAGAAGUUUACAGUGCAGCUUGGUGCAGACACGUCAACCCAUUGGUUGCAUUAUAUCACGUGUGUGGAUCUGAAGAUGGCGUCUCCAAAUGGAGGUGAUGAUUUUGAAUCAUCUCUGCUGAGUUUUGAGAAGCUGGAUAGAGCAUCUCCUGACCUAUGGCCAGAGCAAUUGCCAGGAGUCGCAGAUUUUGCUGCAUCAUGCAAAAAUCCAAUUACCAAUUCUCCGCCCAAAUGGAUGGCUGAACUGGAGAGUGAGGACAUUGAAAUGUUAAAAGAGCUGGGGAGCCUGACCACAGCCAACCUGAUGGAGAAGGUCAAAGGGCUACAGAAUUUGGCCUACCAGCUGGGCCUUGAGGAGUCCAGGGAGAUGACCAGGGGAAAGUUCCUGAACAUCCUGGAGAGACCCAAAAAGUGAAGACCCCAGGACUGCUCUUUACACAGGAUGUGUCUGCACAGAGAGUAAUACAACACCCAGAUGACUGAUUUGAGACAGAAGAGGAAUCAGACCUAUGCCUUUAUGUAUACACUCAUACUACUACUACCACCAUCAAGUCCCUGAAUUUGAAUAUUGACACUGGGGCUAAAUUCACUCACUGCGGAGUUCCGCUCGAGUCAAAGGGCUGCAACACUUUUGACCCCCUGACCUGUACAUUUCUUUUGUCCUCAAAGGCAGUUCCAUUUACUUUUAGAAUGAUUUGAAAUGGUGAAUUACUUUCCUGUUUAGCUAGCUCGUAGGACUGUUUUUAAAUGUGUAUAUUCUGUAUUUAUUAUUUUGCUAUUUGGAACAUAAUUUUUUUUUUAAAUGCAAUUUGUCAAAGAAUAUUGUGUAAUUCUUUUUUUUUAAUUAUACAUUGCUCCCUCUUUUAGGCUAUAACAUGUUUAUUAAUUGUCCUUGUAAUCAAACUAAUUGGUAAUUACCCUCAGUGUCACGUUCCUGACCUGUUUUCCUUGUUUUUGUAUGUGUUUACUCAGGGCGUGAGUUGGGGUGGGCAUUCUAUGUUAUGUGUUUCUAUGUUGGGUUAAAUGUGCUGCCUGAUAUGGUUCUCAAUUAGAGGCAGGUGUUUGACGUUUCCUCUGAUUGAGAACCAUAUUAAGGUAUGCUGUUCUCACUGUUUGUUUGUGGGUGAUUGUUCCUGUGUCUGUUGCACCACACGGGACUGUCGUUUGUUCAUUCGUUUGGCUAGUCUUUCCUGUUCGUGCGUUCUUCGUGUCUAUAUGUAAGUUCUUAUGUUCAGGUCAGUCUACGUCGUUGGUUUGUUAUUUUGUUAAUUAUCAAGUGUAGUUUGUGUCAGUGUUCGUCUUGUCAAAUAAAUUCAUUAUGUCUACAUUCAACGCUCCUCAUCCGAGGAGGAGGCAUUAGACAGCCGUUACACUCAGUGUGCAUCUCUGGAUACAAUUUAAUCUGUCAAUGGUUUAGGAUACAAUUAAAUUCACUUCAGAAACUGGU